CAGCAGAGCCAGCAGCAGCAAAGUCCAGCCAGAGGAGCAAGCAAGGCCACCACGACUUGACCUAUUCUUUCAGCCCAAGCGCAAAAACAGAAAAACAACAACAGCAGAACCAUGAAGACCUUCGCCAUCCUCACCCUCUUCGCCGUGCUGUCCGUCUGCCUGUCCAACCAAGACAUGGCCAUGGAGGCGUCCUCUGACCCUGCAGCAUCUGCACCUGCGGCCCCCGACGCCUCAGCCUCCUCCUCGGCCUCCGACUCCUCCGCCUCCGAUUCGUCUGCCUCCGACUCUUCCGCCUCCGACUCCUCCGCAUCCGACUCGUCCGCUUCGGAUUCUUCAGCCUCCGACUCCUCAGCCUCCGAUUCCUCCACUUCUGACUCCUCGGCCUCCGAUUCUUCUGCUUCUGACUCCUCCGCCUCCUCCUCCUCCUCUUCUUCCUCCUCUUCAUCCGAGUCUGCUGAAGACACCGCCGCAGCUGUCCCUGAGGUGGAGGUGAUUGUGAAGAAGAGGGACCUGGCCGUCGCCCUCCUCAGGAGAAGCAGGAGAGCCGGCACGCCCGCCGCUGACCUCUCUCCCCUGCAGCUGGAAAGUCUGCACGAGGUGUGUGAGGUCAACCUGGCCUGCGAGCACAUGGCGGAGACUGCAGGCAUCGUGGCCGCCUACACAGCCUACUACGGACCAGUGCCUUUCUAAACCGCCCCGCAAACACAGGCAGCUAGAGCCUCUGGAAUCUGCUCCUUCCAACCUCCCCCCUUCCUUUUUUUGUGAGAGUGCAAGAGAGAGAGAGUGAGUGAGAGUGAGCGAUUGAGUGAGCGAGUGAGUGAGUGAGUGAGAGAGACUUUACAAACAGGACAACCACUUUUUUUCUGACAGCGCCACGAAAAGCAGCGAGUGGUUCCGUCCCUGCCGCUUGAGAGCACCCUCGCUGGU